AUGGAGAAGCAUAAGUACCGUAUUGAAAUUCAGCAGAUGAUGUUUGUCUCCGGUGAGACUAAUGACCCACCAGUGGAAACAACGUCAUUAAUAGAAGAUAUCGUUAGAGGUCAAGUCAUUGAAAUUCUACUUCAAUCUACCAAGACAGCUCAUAUGAGAAACAGUAAAAGUAUAUUACCUGAAGACGUCAUCUUUCUUAUUAGACACGAUAAGGCUAAGGUCAACAGACUAAGAACCUACUUAUCGUGGAAGGAUUUGCGUAAAAACGCCAAGGAUCAAGAUCCUACUGGUGGACCUGCAGGUGCAGGUGGAGGAGGUGGUGAUGAUGAAGAUAAGAAAGUAGCACCAGAUGGUGCAGAAAAGGAAAGUGGUGCUGUAAUGAAGGUUAAGAAGUCGCAAAUCAAGCUGCCUUGGGAAUUACAAUUUAUGUUUAAUGAACAGGCACUGGAAAAUAAUGAAGAAGAUGAUGAUUUAGAUGAGGAUGAGAGAGAAGCUAAUAUUGCGACCUUGAAAAGAUUAAAGAUGGCAGAUGAAAGAACAAAGUAUAUGACUAAGGAAGAAUACGUACACUGGUCAGAUUGUCGUCAGGCUAGUUUUACCUUUAGAAAAGCUAAAAGAUUUAGAGACUGGUCAGGGAUAUCUCAAUUGACUGAAGGUAAACCACACGACGAUGUGAUUGAUAUAUUGGGUUUUCUAACUUUCGAAAUUGUAUGUGCUUUGACUGAAACUGCCCUAAAGGUGAAAAAGAGAGAACAAAUGCUUCAAAUACAAAAGGAUAAAUCUCAACAAACCGGCCAAGAGUUUAGUUUAAAACACUCUGCGAAAAGGAAGAAAUGGCUUUUCGAAGGUCCUGACAAUGUUGUUAGUCCCCUCAGGCGUUGUCAUGUAGAAGAAGCAUGGAGAAUAUUGCAGGCAAUAGAUAUGAAGCAUAGAGCCUUAAAAAAUUUUAGAGGUGGUAAAUUGAACUUAAGAACUGUUAUUAUAUAG